GGUCCGGAAAAAAGAACACGAGAGAUGCAAAGGAGGGAUCAAGUCAGGCAAGGCGGAGCCGCCGGUGGCUCCGCCACUCCCGCCGCCAAGAGAGGUCGCCCGUUCGGCAGUACUAUCUCCGCUUCCGCCGCCGCCGCGGCGUCGGCUGCGGCGGGUGACUCCGCCGCACCUUCCACGCUCCUCGGCCCCUCCCUCCAAGUUCACUCCGCCUUCGCCGAUCACAAUAACAAAAGAAUAGUUUUAGCUCUCCAAAGUGGCCUAAAAAGUGAAUUGACAUGGGCAUUGAAUGCUCUUACACUGCUUUCAUUCAAGGAGAAAGACGAGGUUCGGAAGGAUGCUACUCCUCUUGCCAAGAUUCCAGGGCUGCUCGAUGCUCUGCUUCAAGUUAUAGAUGACUGGCGAGACAUAUCCCUACCGAGGAUCCUCACAAAGGGGCCGCGUGUACGGCUGCUUGGUGCGAAUUCGACGGUCACCGGAUAUGGAAAUGAAUAUGAGAGCUUGAAUUCUGGUGAUUCUAUUCCGCGUCCAGGCAGUGCAGGAUCUGGUUCAGUGAAUGAUGAAAUAUCGACGCGAAAGUUUACUUCCAAAACUCAUUCCACAGCUUGGUGGUUUGAGGAGGAUGGCCUCUUUAACCUUGACGAGGAAGGGCGUGCUGAAAAGCAGCAAUGUGCCGUAGCUGCAUCUAAUAUUAUUCGAAAUUUCUCGUUUAUGCCUGAUAAUGAAGUUGCAAUGGGCCAAAACCGUCACUGUCUUGAAACUAUGUUUCAGUGUUUGGAAGAUUAUGUUACAGAGGAUGAAGAACUUGUGACGAAUGCACUCGAGACGAUUAUGAACUUAGGUCCUUUACUAGACCUUCGGAUAUUUAGCUCAUCAAAGCCUUCACACAUUAAAAUAACAGAACAACAAGCUGUGCAGGCUAUCGUCGGAAUGUUAGGAUCUUCUGUGAGAGCUUGGCACUGUGCAGCUGCCGAAUUACUUGGCCGUUUGAUACUGAAUCCUGAAAAUGAACCUUUCCUUAGUCCGUUUACUCCACAGAUUUUCAAGCGGUUAGUCGAAUUAAUGAGCUUUCAAGGCAGUGAAUCUCAAGCAGCGGCAGUUGGUGCACUAUAUAACCUUGCAGAAGUUAAUAUGGAUUGCCGUUUGAAACUUGCGAGUGAAAGAUGGGCAAUUGAUCGGCUAUUGAAGGUUAUUAAGAUGCCACAUCCAGUGCCGGAGAUCUGCAGGAAAGCGGCAUUAAUUCUGGAGAAUCUUGUUCUGGAACCACAGAACAAGCCUUUGUUGUUAGCAUAUGAAAAUGCAUUCGCAGAGUUGCUUUUCUCAGAGACAAGGUAUUCUGAUACAUUUGCUCGGAUAUUAUAUGAAUUGACGUCUAGGCCAACCAACAAAGUUGCGUUGGCUCGUGGUAUUUGGGGCAUGUAAUUCGCCGUUGCAUAUUUCCUUGUUUCAAAUGUAGGCUCAUAAAUUGAACGUAAGAAAGCUUUUUAUUUUGUUUGA